AGCCACAUUCUGCCCACGCGCACGUGUAAAAUAUCUCAAUGACAUACAAUACGUGGCAACAAUCUACUGGCCUGUCAGCUAGCCAGUGAAGAAAGCCAGAGAGCUCCCGAGAUUCGCCUGGCACAGAGAGAGCAUCUGCGGGCUGCGGCCAACUCCCACAAAAUCGGAAUAAAUAAUAAUCAAUCAUUUCCACGUGGAGUAAGGUAACUGGUCCGUCACCCUCCCAAGUCCACCAAUACCCUCUCUUCAACACUAGCGAACGAACAAAUGCACAAAGAGAAUCAACUACCGAGGGAAAGAAAUCAUAAAAGGGAGAACGAAAGUACAAAAAUCCUUUCGACGUUAAUGGUGAGGACUGAGGAGGACGGUGACCUGCAGCGUUUAAUCUCUUGUUUCUCGACAGGUGUUUGUUUUGUUUCGCUUUCAUUAUCCCUUUUUUUUUCUCUCUUGUACAGUGGUAACAGAGGAAACUGUCGAGGUUUGAGAGUGAAGACGACUGGGGAGGAAAAGGAAGAGAGGAACAGGGUGAACAGAAAUCAGAGAAAUGGAGAUUGGGUUCUUGGGUUUGGGGAUAAUGGGGAAGGCUAUGUCGAUGAACUUGAUAAAGAAGGGAUUCAAGGUCACUGUUUGGAACAGGACGCUUUCCAGGUGUGAUGAAUUGGUGGAAAUGGGUGCUUCAGUUGGAGAAACACCAGCUGCUGUGGUAAAGAAGUGCAAGAUCACCAUUGCUAUGGUGUCUGAUCCUGCAGCUGCUCUGUCGGUGGUGUUCGAUAAAGAUGGUGUACUAGAGGAGAUGAGCAGUGGGAAAGGUUAUGUGGACAUGUCAACUGUUGAUCCUGAGACUUCUUCCAAGAUCAGUGAGGCAAUUACAUCUAAAGGCGGCUCUUUUGUGGAGGCUCCUGUGUCAGGAAGCAAGCAACCCGCAGAAGCUGCACAGCUUGUGAUUCUUGCUGCUGGGGACAAGGCACUGUAUGAGGAAGCAAUUCCAGCUUUCAAUGCCAUGGGGAAGAAGUCUUUCUACUUGGGGCCAAUUGGGAAUGGAGCGAGGAUGAAACUUGUUGUGAACAUGAUCAUGGGAAGUAUGAUGAACGCAUUCUCGGAAGGGAUUGUCUUGGCAGAUAGGAGUGGACUGAACCCCAGUGACCUUCUUGAUGUGCUGGAUCUUGGUGCCAUUGCCACCCCAAUGUUCAAAGGUAAAGGACCAAACAUGAUCAAGAGCAACUUCUCCCCUGCAUUCCCACUGAAACAUCAGCAGAAGGACAUGAGGUUGGCUCUUGCACUUGGAGAUGAAAAUGCUGUGUCAAUGCCUAUAGCUGCUGCAGCAAAUGAGGCUUUCAAGAAGGCUAGAAGCAUGGGAUUGGGCGAUCUUGAUUUUUCAGCUGUUCAUGAGGUGGUCAAGCAGCAUAAAGACUAAGCUUCUCCAUAUGUUUUCGGUGUUGAAAUAUCUUUAGUAUGAUUUGGAGCUCUAGAACUCUUGGUAGGGUUAUUGCAUGGUCAUGGGAAUAGAGAAGAAUCAAACACAUUCCACAUAUCUCAAACCAAUGGGAAUUUCAUCUUCGUCCCCAUUUGUUCUGAAACCUGCUUCUGGUUCAGGAGCAAUACGGAAAGCAAAAUUCUCAUUAAGAACGUUUCGUCAAGAGUUUACAAAUGUUACAUUAUCAUCUAAACUCUAGAGUUUAUGAAGGACAUUAUCAAGUUGACAAACAUCAUGGUGUACAUCCUAAAUUCAGAGCGUAUCAUAGACGUAUCCUUAUUUCAAGAGUGAUGGCAACUGAAGAAGUCUGCUUUCAAAUUUACAGCAGCAAAAUUUCGGUUGCUUCCUCAGAUUGGCUGCAAUAAUCUCUCGAAAUGUCG